ACAUGUGAUUAAGCUUGCGGUUCUGUAAGGACUCGUUUCCCUUUACGAGAGGAGGAGAGUGUGAGAGGGGUGGGCUUCAGCGACUGUAUUAUAACGACCGAAUCCCACUGAAUUAAGCGUAACUUCAUGGCCAAGGUAAACGCGGUAGACUUCCUGGACUUUUGACCAGUCGCCUCCAACAGCGUGGGUUGAAGAAGAGCACAAGUGUUCAGCUGCUGAAUGUAGGCCAAAGGGCAUGAACAAAAGCGCAAGAACUGAUGACAUGGAAAUGCAGGAUGAUCCAGAUUUGCAGUUUAAACUGGCUUAUGCAGAUUCAGAAAGAAUUGACACAGGCAUUAAAACCAGAGCGAGAGGCCAGUGGUCCAGUAAAGUGGAGUUUAUCUUAGCUGUUGCUGGCCAGAUCAUUGGUUUGGGAAAUGUGUGGAGAUUUCCAUAUCUGUGUUACAAGAACGGAGGAGGAGUGUUUUUCAUUCCAUAUGUGGUCUUUCUGUUUGCCUGCGGCAUUCCUCUAUUUCUUAUGGAGACUGCUUUGGGUCAGUACACCAGCCAAGGGUCUGUUACCUGUUGGAGGAAAAUCUGCCCACUAUUUGAAGGUCUGGGUUAUGGGAGUCAGGUGGUUGUCUUCUAUUCCAGUGCUUACUACAUCGUCAUUUUGGCCUGGGCUUUCUUCUAUCUCUUCUCCUCUUUUAGUGGUGAACUGCCAUGGGCUAGCUGCAGGAACUGGUGGAAUUCAGAAAACUGUGUUGAGUUUGACCGAAUAGGAGGGAUGAGAAACCUGAGCUUUAUGGAGAAUGCAUCAUCACCUGUUAAAGAAUUUUGGGAGAGGCGAGUAUUGAAAAUAACUGGAAGUGUGAAUGAGCUGGGCAGUUUGAGAUGGGAGCUGGCUCUGUGUCUCCUGCUGGCCUGGAUCAUCUGCUACUUCUGUGUGUGGAAGGGAGUGAAGUCCACAGGCAAGGUUGUGUAUUUCACUGCUACAUUUCCAUAUGUUAUGCUGCUGGUGCUUCUGAUUCGGGGUGUUACGUUGCCUGGAGCCAUUGAUGGCAUCAACUUCUACCUCUACCCAAAUCCAGCACGCCUUACAGACCCACAGGUAUGGAUGGAUGCUGGAACACAAAUAUUUUACUCAUACGCUCUCUGCAUUGGGUGCCUUACAGCUUUGGGAAGCUACAAUAAAUACAACAACAACUGCUACAAAGAUUGUGUUUACCUGUGCCUGCUGAACAGUGGAACCAGUUUUGUAGCUGGCUUUGCCAUCUUUUCAGUUUUGGGCUUCAUGGCCUUCGAACAGGGGGUCGAUAUCUCAAUGGUAGCCGAGUCAGGUCCUGGUUUGGCCUUCAUUGCAUAUCCACGAGCUGUAGCUAUGAUGCCUCUGUCUCAGCUGUGGUCCAUAUGUUUCUUCCUCAUGAUUAUUCUCCUGGGGCUUGACAGCGAGUUUGUGAGUUUAGAGUCUCUCAUGACAGCCAUAACAGACAUGCACUCCAACUUCUUCCUCCAAGGACACCGUCGUAAACUCUUCCUCCUCCUCAUUUGUGUGGGCUGCUUCUUCAUUGGCCUCCUGAUGGUAACCGAGGGUGGCCUGUAUAUCUUCCAAUUAUUUGAUUACUAUUCCUGCAGUGGAAUGACCCUCCUCCUGUUUGCCAUUGCACAGUCAAUAUGUAUUGGCUGGUUUUAUGGUGAUGAUCGUCUGUAUGAAAAUAUUGUAGACAUGAUCGGUUAUCGUCCUUUGCCACUAAUGAAAUACUGUUGGAAAUAUAUCACUCCUAUUGUGUGUAUAGCCACGUUUGUCUUCUCUUUGGUAAAAUUCACUCCUCUAAAGUUUAACAACACAUUUGAAUACCCCUGGUGGGGUUAUGCUGUUGGCUGGUGGUUUACCCUUUCCUCGACAUUGAUGGUUCCCAUAUGGAUGAUCUAUGUCAUCCUUAUCACUCCUGGUACACUGAAACAGAGACUGCAUGUCCUUUGCACUCCAGCAAGCGAUCUACCUUUGACAUCAGAAAGACGAAAAGAAACCCUGUGACCCCAACAGACAGUACAACAUGUCCCAUGACUGACAGAGAAACAUUGUUGGGGGGUGGGGGGGAUAGUGCAUCCUUGGGCUGUAUUUUGGACAACUUUUGAUAUCAUUAAUGCCUUUGAAGAUACACAUUCUCGUGAUAUCUCAAGAAAGCACAAACACAAACUGUACGUGACUGUUUUAUAAGUUAUUGAACUUUCCUAUCUUCUAUUCUCGAUUACAAGAAACUAAAUGGUGGAUUCAAACUGGAAAUGAAAAAUAUAAGCUCCACUUUCAUGUUCGGCAUUAUCUGAGUAAAACUCAAUUUGACGUCAUUCUUAUGUAUGAUAGCAUCAGCAACUUACUGUAUCAUAAACAUUCACAAGAUAUCAUUUCUUCUGAAGAAGAUUGAAAAAAACUGUUUAUUAUCAUGAGGGAGUGGAUCAGCCCCAUUUUGGAUGGACCAGUGAUUAUUACAAUUGGUAUAUGAUUAGAAAACUAACUAACUUUCAGUUAGUAUCUUGUACUAGUAGUAUAGAACAUAACAGUAUUUUAGAAUAGUAACUAUAUUUUUAAAUUUUUUUAUGGGUCAAUCAUACAACACUUUUGUUUUGUGCCUAUAGUCAAGUGCUUGUGUUUUAAGAAAGUGUUACAGAAAGAAAGGUAUGUUGGGGGUUAUUAUAUUACAAAUAUUACAACAUUUGUAAUCGAUUCAAAGAGAAAAGAUCCAUCAAAAAAAUUGAUCCAUAUUUUGCUACUUAAAUCUGCUUAGAUGUACAGUCUUUUAAACUAUAUGUUUAGUAAAAUACAUAAUUUAAGGGAAUAUCUAUAGGUAAUUUAAGUUUAUGUACAGUUUUAUAACUGAUGCUCUAGAAAGGCCAGUGGUUAAUGUUCUAAAACGCUCUAUUCAAAUCAAUAGUCAAAUGAAUGCUGGUUGAAAUAUGUUGGUGACAGCAGCAGUUUUUUUUUUUUUUGGCUUCUAAAGAAGUUCUGAUGCAUCCAAGCAAAUAUUAAACAACUAGGUGAAAGGUGAAAGCAGGUUGAGUGUUGAAUUCUUGGAAAAGUAGUUAGAGAAUAACAUUAGACACGAUUGCUGUCAGACAUCACAUACUGCCAGUUAUAUACUGUACUGCUGUUUUACUGAGGUGACUUAUGUAAUUUAUUAAUAGAAAUAAUUAACAGUGUAGUUGACAUAAUGACAUUCAAUGAAAAUCCUAUGUUUGAGCUGUCACUUCAUUCGCAUGACCGCAGGAGAUUAAAGUUAUAUGCAGAUUAAUGGGAAAAAAACUAAAUCUGAGUAUAUAUCAAUAUACUGGUGGAUGGUACAGUUUAACUUUGCAACUUUUUAUCAUUUACAAAAAUGAAAAGCCAGUGAUGAUGCUCUUCUUUAGUCUACAACUGGGUUAAAGGUUUAAGGCCUCCAUUUGUAAACAGACAUUCUGGCCAAAAAGUCACCCAAACACUGUUUGGCAGAGGAUGAAAGAGCAGAAUGUUUGUGUUCCGGGGAAUGGAUUUCUUGUGAUAUUGAUAUGUAAAGUGGGCCAAUUACAUUGUCGUUUCAUUUAUGAAUUAUGCCUGUACACAGUUUGGUUUCUAAAGCAGAAUAUUAUAUAUGAGUAAUGACAUGCUAAAGUGAAUAAAUAAACAGAACAUUUCGAUA